AUGGCCUCUGCGGAUGGCGUCGACAUUCAGUCGUCCAAAGAUGUCACCACCGGCGGCGUCCAGGACGUCGAUGGCGGGGCAGGCGACUUCUCCCACGACCAGCGCCUGGUCAUUGAGAGCGCUCGAGCUGCCGCUGCCAAGGAGCAGUCAAUGACGCUGCUCCAGGGCAUCAAGCUGUAUCCCAAGGCCAUUGCGUGGAGCAUCCUCAUUUCCACCUGUAUUGUCAUGGAGGGCUACGACGUCAGCCUUGUAAACAACUUUUAUGCUUUCCCUCAAUUCAAUGAGAAAUACGGCGAGCUGUACCCAGACGGCACGUAUCAGGUGCCAGCCAGAUGGCAGUCUGGCUUGAGCAACGGUGCCACUGUCGGUGAAAUCAUUGGUCUCUUCAUCAACGGUUUCGUCUCUGAGAGAUUCGGAUACCGGAAAACUGUCAUGGGCUGCCUCAUCCUGGUUGCCGCCUUCACGGCCAUCUUCUUCACCGCGCCCAAUGUCGAGACGCUGCUGGUCGCCGAGAUCCUGUGCGGUAUCCCGUGGGGCAUCUUCCAGACAAUCACCGUCACCUACGCCUCCGAGGUCUGCCCCGUCGCCCUGCGAGGAUACCUGACCACCUAUGUCAACUUCUGCUGGGGCCUCGGCCAGGAAAUUGGCAUCGGCGUCAUCUACGCCAUGCUCAAGCGCAACGACGAGUGGGCGUACCGCAUCCCCUACGGCCUGCAGUGGAUGUGGCCGCUGCCGCUCUUCAUCGCCAUCUACUUUGCCCCCGAAUCGCCCUGGUGGCUCGUCCGCCAGGGCAAGGCUGAGGAGGCCAAGAAGUCCCUGCUCCGCCUGACGAGCCUGAACCGCGAGACGGACUUUGACGCCGACGAGACGGUGGCCAUGAUGGUCCACACGACGGCCCUCGAGGAGAAGAUGACAGCCGGCGCCACGUACUGGGACUGCUUCAAGGGAGUCGACCUGCGCCGCACCGAGAUUGUGUGCAUGACGUGGGCCAUCCAGAACCUCAGCGGCAAUGCCUUCUCCAACUACUCCACCUACUUUCUGCAGCAGGCCGGCCUGUCCACCAAGGACUCGUACUCGUUCGCCCUCGGCCAGUACGCCAUCAACAUGGUCGGCGUCUUUGGCGCCUGGGGCCUGAUGACGAUGGGCGUCGGCCGUCGCUCGCUGUACCUCUACGGCCUCUGCGGCCUGUGCAGUAUGCUCUUCAUUCUGGGCUUCCUGGGCCUGGUCCCCGAGUCGCACAGGAGAGAGGGCUCGCUCGCCACCGGCAGCAUCAUGGUUGUUUGGGCCCUCUUCUACCAGCUCACCGUCGGCACCGUGUGCUACUCCCUUGUCGGCGAGCUCUCUUCCCGCAGGCUGCAGAUCAAGACGGUUGUGCUGGCACGAAACCUUUACAACAUUGUGGGCAUCGUCACCAACGUCCUGACGCCAUACAUGCUGAAUCCCAAGGCUUGGGACUGGAGCAAUUACACCGGCUUCUUCUGGGGCGGAAUCUGCUUCUGCUGCAUCGUCUACACCUACUUCCGCCUCCCCGAGCCCCGCGGCCGCACCUUUGCCGAGCUCGACGUGCUCUUUGAGAAGAAGAUUCCCGCGCGCAAGUUUUCCUCCACAAAGGUAGACGUAUUCCACGAGUCCAUUGACGAAAAGGUCAUGCACCAGUACGAUGGCAUCAUGAAGACGCACGUGGAAAAGAUUUCAUUUGUUUGA